AACGAGUGGAACACUGUCCAAGAUGGAUGUGCCAGAUUCUAAAGUGAAUCAAUCGAAGAAAAACGCGAAGAAGACUGCGGAUGAUACACAAGAUGCUUCCGCGUCAGGUCAAUACAAUCAGAGCAAGAUGGACGCGUGGAUGUGGAAAAACCCAAAGAUGCCGACUUCUACUUCAUGCGUAGGGUGUUCGAGUAAAUCUAGUUCAGUAGCACCAAACUCUGAAGUGUACAAAAUGAAUCAUAAGAGAAGAGGACUCGCGAUAAUCUUCAACCACGUCAACUUCACGAAAAUGACGAAAAGAACGGGCUCGGACAAGGACUGCGCGAACCUCGAAGAAGCAUUGAAUCGCCUUGGUUUCAACGUUAAAACGUACCCAGACCCGUCUAUUAAACAAAUAUCAGCAAUUUUAAAACAGGCCGCUGAGGAUGACCACACGGAUGCCGACUGCCUGAUCGUAGCUGCUAUGUCGCACGGUGAAUCUGGUUAUCUGUUUACCUCCGAUGACACAUACUUGGUCGAGAUGCUCUGGGACUCUUUCACCGCCGACAAAUGCACCACCCUGAUUGGCAAGCCGAAAUUAUUUUUCAUUCAGGCCUGCCGUGGCUCGCAGCUGGACGGAGGGGCGACGAUCAUGCACGAGACGGAUAGCGGGGCUGCGUACAGCAUCCCAUCCUAUGCAGACAUUAUGGUCGCCUACUCUACUUACGACGGCUUCAUUUGGAUACAAUUGCACUUAAAUUUAGAGGUCUUUAGACUCCUAAAGUUCUUCGGAUAAGUUUGCACUGAGGACCCAUCUUUAUUCUUUUAACGUAAGUUGGAUACAAAAUUAUGCGCAAGAAGGUAUAGAAGAAGGGCUUCCAGUAAAAACCAACUAUUCCGAUGAAUUUUGUACAAAGUUAAGGACUAAAAACUUAUAAUGGAAGAACCAAUUCACAAGAUAAAAACACUUCACUGUUCUUCGUUUUUGUGCAGAAGUUAAGGGGGUCUUCUACUGUAACUCGUCAAAAAAAUCGAUAUUUUUUUGCAUUUUCUUGAAGGAUAUAGGCUUAGAAAUAUGUGUGCAAAAGCAUAUCACUGAACUCCUAAAAUUAACGAAGGUAUACCUAUUGCUCUGAUCCUUCUGUUUAAACACGUUUUUCUCAAAACUAUACUUUCUGAAUUGGCUUCCAUGAUAUCUCAAGAUUUACUUGACCGAUUUUAUUCAAAUUUGGUGUGCACCUUUAGUACAUGAAUGAAGUCAAAAUCAUUAUUCUGUCUAUUUUUUUUUAGCCUGCUAACGUUAAAAACAAGGAAAAAAUCGACAUUUCAACUACAAAAUGCUGCCAUUUCUUUAUUAUCAACUUUUUUCUUUACUUCUAAUACCGGCUAUAGAUCAAUGUAUCCUAAUUAAGAAUCUUUUUCAUUUUUUUAUUUUAAACAAAUUAGAAUCAUGGAAGCCAUUAGAACACUUUUCGGAACGCGACUGCGUGCGAGGCUCUGUACUGCCACUAAUUUUGACUAUUUCUCAUUGUAAAAAUUUGUAAGUAUUACCAAAAGGCCACUAAAAAUAUAUGUGAAACGUUGAUGCAAGAACUUGCGCAGUUUCUUUAUAAAAAAAUGCCAAAAAAGACGUAAAAAGACGUGUGUUACAGCAGAAGAUCUCUUUAAAGCAAUAUCUCUACCACUGAUAUAAUUUUCUACAACAUAUUUUAUUCCAUCAAUAAUCGAAAACAUACUUUUACCACUAAUGAGACAAUUUUAUUUUUCGUUUUAAUUUAUAUUUACCAUAUAUCCUUCUUCCUACAAAAUUUCAACUAAAUAUAUUUUUUUAUU